UUUGCCGAGUAGAAAUUUUGUGAUCAAACGUAGGCGAUUGAACAAAUCGAAAACGACAAUUUCGCUCCGGUGCUUAUUUCAUUUUAUUAGAACUAAAGUAAGAUGUCGUUCGUAUACCACAAGAAGCGGUACCACCCGGUUAAACUAACCACCGAGUACCACAGCAAGGACCAGUCCUCCAAUUACGAUACCAUCCUGCUGCCGCUGGACGAGGCUCAAACCCCAGCCUGCUGCUGCGUGCGCCAGCGCAACUCUUGGCUGCGCCAGCUGCGAGCGGGGCGUCCGUGGGUGUGCGACGCGCGCACAGCCGCUCUCCUCGCAGCCUUCUUCACAAUGGUGUGCUCAGUGUUCGUGGCGUCCAUGUACUGCUGCUUGCUCUACCAGCUCUCCUACGUGCGAAAAGACCUCGCUGAACUGUACUACGGAGUUCAGAUUUCGUACCUGGCCGUGCUGAGCACACAGCUCUCCCUCUUCAGUCUCAGCGUGCUGCUAUAUACUGCUGUGCUGCAGGAGCGAAUAGGAUGGGUGGGGCUGUGGAUGGUUGGAGUGGUGGCCCUGACUCCGCUCGAGGGCGUGUGUACGAUGUACUCCAAUAUCCUCAGGGACCACGUCAACAAGAAAUUUGACGUCCAAAGUAAAGUCGAGAUGGGAGUCUUCAUCAUACGCUUGAUAGCCAACGUGCUUGGCGUGGGCGGAGUGUUCAGAUUCUAUCGCAGUCUGCAGUCUGGCCAGUCGUACCUUCCUAGUGAUCAGUUCAGCCUCUAGACACCCUCUUAUCAAGAGACACGCGACGCUAUAGAUAGAAUCAUGAAGGAAAUACGAUCUAGCAUGAAUACAGGGCAGCAAGUGUUUGUUAAGAGUGUCAUCGGUAUUUUUAUAGGUUCUAGAUAUUUUAUUUAAACAUUUUCCCCUUGAUAGAUAUAUAAUAACAAAUGCGCAAUUCUACAAAAAUAUAGAUUUAAAAUAGAAAACCAUCAUAUCGGAUGAUUUAUACACACAUCUUCUAAAGUUUUUUAAUGAAAAAAAGUAACAGGGUAAAUUCUAUAAAUUUAGGUAACUUGAAAUGUCACGAAGUGAAAUAAUAUACGAGUGUUGUUAUACCUUAUAUAAUGUCGUAUCUUUGCAUUGACAAACUAUCACAUUUAACAACUCAUUAUCUCGCGACAAUCCAUCUAAAUAUUUUAAAUUAAUUCAGCACAGAGUAUGGCUAAUAAUCAUGAAACAAGUGACGUUGUAAAUAGUGAAGUAUCAUUGAUGGUGGGUGGUGUUUUUGUUACAUGCAUAUUGAGCCGUAAUGUUAAAGUUUGGAUGAAUGUCGUGGUGUUAGGAAGUAGAACAUUAACAUAUGAUGAAUUCCAUGAAGUCCCAAUAACUCUGAGUUAUUAGUAUCCCACCUCAGUACCCACAAUGCAGAUUUCGUAUCGAACCUGUAUCUUAUUCUGAUAAAAACACUUAUAAAUCAAUUAUGUUUCUAGGUCACAAAAUGUGAACAAUAUAGACCGUUAAUUUGAUGGAAUCUCCUAGUUUUACAAAGCUUUUCCUUCAUAACCAAAUAGUUAGAACUAAUAUUGUAGUUCUAAUAGUUCUGUCAAUAUAAAGUCAAAAUCUCUAACUUUAAAUAUUAUUAUGUAAAUCUGAGACUAUGAUGAAAAAAUAUACACCCUAAAUAUGCUAUUAAAAUUGUUACUAUAUGGGCGUCUACCCAAUAAUGUUUGCACCGAAUGAAGGUAACGACGGGCCCAUGAUGUGAUAUGAAUAUUAUAUAAAUUAGGCACUAAAUCUGAUUGGAAAAUACGAAAUUUUCACUAUUUAUGAAAUUUUAGACACUUAUUUGCCCUUAGAACCUAUAAAUACGCAGGAGAACAUUCCAUUUUUAUACACGUUUCUUCUUUUAAAAGCUCGCGUAUACUUCACCUGCUAGUCAACUCCAUAAAAUUAAUAAAUUCAAAAAAUGACACUCGAGGAGAUAACAAGGCACUUGGUGUAAGCAAAACAUAAGACUAGAGUUUAAAAAAUAGUUAUGUAUAAAUUUUAUUG